ACGCGCAAGGCAGUGGGGGCUCCUGACCUUGCCGUCGUGAACGAGCUGCGCGCGCACAAAACGAGAGGGCUAAGAUAUUAAUUUUAAUCAAGAAGACUAAAUAGAACAUAUGAAUUGAAAGGAAAAUAUUUACAUUCGAUUGUAUUUAAAAAAAAUAAUUGUGAUCAUCGUUGCAGUGCCAUGAAAUCGAAGUGAUAUGGAGAAGAGCAAGCCGGGGAUGAAGAGGAGUCUCCGGUAGAGCAGCUCUGGGUUCUGAACAUCAAUGAGAGUUGAAGCUGGAGAUGAGUGAAUACCUGGCCUUUGUUUAUUUGUUUUUAGUAACAAUUGGAGCCCAGGGCAGGUUGAGCAAUGCCUGGUUGAGUGGAAUACAGUAGGUUAUAAGGCUUGAGAGGACACUCGAGUGUACAUUGGCGUGGUGCAGAGGCACUCACUUGCCCAGACCAUGUGGUUGGCAGAGUUCAGGCACCAUCGGUUGCCUGCACACCUAUCAAAUCGGCGAGGAACCGCAACCAUCGCCGCCCGCCGUGUUCUUUUCAUGUGGAUGUUAUGUUCCUACUUGCAAUUCACAGUGGCGACCAGCCAGAACUUCAACCCAACUGUUAACACCCAGUUUGGGAAGCUGAGGGGCCUCCGGGUUGCAGUGCCAGGUGAGGUCCUUAAACCCAUUGACCAGUACCUUGGGGUGCCGUACGCUGCCCCUCCCAUUGGGGAGAAGCGCUUCAUGCCCCCAGAGCAGCCCUCCUCCUGGUCAGGGAUCAAGAAUGCUACCCACUUCACACCAGUGUGCCCUCAGAACAUCCGCAACACAGUGCCUGAGAUCAUGAUGCCCAUAUGGUUCACCUAUAACCUGGACACAGUGGCCAAUUACAUUCAGGAUCAGAACGAGGACUGUUUGUAUUUAAACAUAUAUGUUCCAACAGAGGAUGUCAAAAGAAUAUCCAAGGAAUGUGCCAGAAAACCCAACAAGAAAGUAUGUAGAGAAGAAGGGAGCCAAAUCAAGAGUCAAGGAGCGGAUUUCUCUCACAGUGACAGUGAAGACAUUCGGGACACUGAGGUUAGGCCCGUGAUGGUCUACAUCCAUGGAGGAUCAUACAUGGAGGGGACAGGGAACAUGAUUGAUGGGAGUGUGCUGGCCAGCUAUGGGAAUGUCAUCGUCAUCACUCUCAACUACAGGGUCGGAGUACUAGGGUUCCUCAGUACAGGUGACCAGGCAGCUAAAGGGAACUAUGGACUCCUGGACCAGAUCCAAGCCCUGCGUUGGAUCAGCAAGAACAUCGGCUAUUUUGGAGGAGACCCUGGUCGCAUCACUGUCUUUGGAUCUGGAAUUGGAGCCUCCUGCGUCAGCCUGCUCACACUGUCCCACCACUCUGAGGGCCUGUUUCACAGAGCCAUCAUCCAAAGUGGCUCAGCCCUGUCCAGCUGGGCCGUCAACUACCAGCCUGUCAAGUACACCCGCAUGCUGGCCGAGAGGGUGGGCUGCAACGUGCUGGACACCCUGGACAUGGUGUCCUGCCUGCAGAAGAAGAGUGCCAGAGAGCUGGUGGAGCAGGACAUCCAGCCAGCCCGCUACCACGUAGCCUUCGGCCCCGUCAUUGAUGGUGACGUCAUCCCCGACGACCCCGAGAUCCUGAUGGAGCAGGGCGAGUUCCUCAACUAUGACAUCAUGCUGGGCGUCAACCAGGGGGAGGGGCUGCGUUUCGUGGAGAAUGUGGUGGACCUGGAGGAUGGAGUGUCCGGCAGCGACUUUGAUUUUGCCGUGUCGGACUUCGUGGACAGCCUGUAUGGCUACCCGGAGGGGAAGGACACUCUGAGGGAGACCAUCAAGUUUAUGUACACGGACUGGGCUGACAGGGACAACCCAGACACCAGGAGGAAGACGUUAGUCGCUCUGUUCACUGACCACCAGUGGGUGGAGCCCUCGGUGGUGACGGCUGACCUGCACGCCCGCUACGGCUCGCCCACAUACUUCUAUGCCUUCUACCACCACUGCCAGAGCCUGAUGAAGCCUGUGUGGUCGGACUCGGCCCACGGGGACGAGGUGCCCUAUGUGUUUGGCAUCCCCAUGGUGGGAGCCACUGACCUGUUCCCCUGCAACUUCUCCAGGAACGACAUCAUGCUCAGCGCUGUGGUGAUGACUUACUGGACCAACUUCGCCAAGAGUGGUGACCCCAACAAGCCAGUGCCCCAGGACACUAAGUUCAUCCAUACCAAAGCCAACCGCUUUGAGGAGGUGGCCUGGUCCAAGUACAACCCCCAUGACCAGCUGUACCUGCACAUCGGCCUGAAGCCUCGCAUCCGCGACCACUACCGCGCCACCAAGGUAGCCUUCUGGAAGCACCUGGUGCCCCACCUGUAUAACCUCCAUGACAUGUUCCAUUACACCUCCACCACCACCAAGGUCCCUCCCCAGGACACCACCAACUCCAACGGCAAGAGAACCGGCACCACCAAGCGUCCACCUGUCUCCACGGCCCACAGCAGUGAUGGGGAGGAGACGGGUCCUCUGAUCGUGGCUAACCCCAGAGAUUACUCCACUGAGCUGAGUGUCACCAUCGCUGUGGGUGCCUCGCUGCUGUUCCUCAAUGUGCUGGCCUUCGCCGCGCUCUACUACCGUAAGGACAAGCGCAGCCGGCAGGAUGGCCACGGUGGCCCCCACCAGGCCAGCCCCCAGCGGCAGAGCAAUGGCAACGACGUGAGCCACACCACCACCGACGAGAGCCUGUCCCAUCAGAUGACCCAGUGCAGCCAGAUGAACCAGUGUGACACCCUGCAUGACCUCCAUGACCUCCCUGACCUACACGACCCCCUGCACCUCUCCCCCAACAUGGACUACACCCUGACCCUGCGCCGCUCACCAGACGACAUCCCCCUGAUGACGCCAAACAACAUUACAAUGAUCCCCAACUCCCUGAUGGGCCUGCCCAACAUGCACCCCUACAGCACCUUCCCAGCCGGGUACAACUCCACCGUCCUGCCCCACUCCCACUCCACCACCCGGGUCUAGACCUAGCCUGGGACAGAAGAUAUACAGACCACAGUCGACAGUGAUUGUAGAGGUGAGCUGAGGGGCGAGCUGUGCUGUGCUGUACAUUCAUUAAUACAAAGCAGUAGUUGGGUUGGGAUGCGUGGGUAAGAUAAGUUUGAGUUUAUGUUCAUACUGCAAGAGCCAUGCAAAGCUUUUCCUGGUCAAAGGGUGCAGAAUCGCCGCCAAUAUACUACUGCCUCCUCUCCUCAUAGAGGGAGGUCUAUAAGCAGUGUCAUUUUUUAAAUCAUCAAUUUCAAGACUUUUGUGAGCUGGUUAAAAUGAGAAGUGCUUUUUAUUUCCCAUUGUCUUUUGAUGGUAACAUUUUUGGGAACAUUCUCUUGUACGACCUCAGCAUAAUGUUUGUACAGUUGGAUUUGUACGGGAAGCUUUUUUCUUCCUAUGAUAUCUGUUUUGAUCUUCAACAAUUCUGUGUGGAACAAGUGUCAUCUGGACUCAUCACUGACUGAAAUAACAUUUGUAAAAAGCAGAAAAUCAGUGUUAUUAAGCAAUUUUAUACAUAUUCCUCAUGUUAAACUCAACUUAAAAGGGUAUUUUUUACUGACUAAAGAAUUGCAGAAAUACUAUGUUACUGUGAUCAUUUGAACCUUUACUACAACAUUGAUUACAAUUUGUAGUAAAAGUAUCACAUUUAUCCAACAAUAUUUCUAUUUGAAUAAGAACAAUAUAUCACCCCUAUAUACAGUAUGUGUGUGCGUGUGCCCGAGUGUGUUUACACUCUGAAGUGUAAUGUAAAGCUGUAAAUUGUUAAGAAAUUUGUUUGACAUUUUGUUUGAAGUAUUGGCUUUCAUCAUAUUUAGUGUUGUACUCCAAUCUAUGCUUGUCUGUCUAAGUACCUUUGUUCAUUUUCAGUUAACUGUGUCUAAUUUUGCUGAACACGUUGUGGGAAUACAACUUUUGCUUUGUUAUAAAAAGAUAAUAGCUUAAGAUGGCACAUACUCUAACCAACUGAUAUGAUUCCAUUGGCUUGGCUUGUUUGUACACAAUAAACUUAGACCAGCACUUUUUUAAA